CAAUUUGGAUAGGACAAUGAAUCGGAUGUUAAAGGCAGAUUAUAGUUUUAAGAUACUUAUAUACAAGUUAAUUUGUUGAAAUGGGAAAUUAAAAUGGGAAAACUAAAUGGAAAAGUUGCUGUAGUCACAGCUUCUACGUCUGGAAUUGGGUUGGCUAUUGCGGAACGUCUUGCUGAAGAUGGGGCUAAAGUAAUGAUUAGUAGUAGAAAACAGGAGAACGUUGAUAAGGCUGUAGAGAUGUUAAAAGACAAAGGCCUGGAUGUGUCCGGCGUAGUGUGUCACGUGGCGAAAAAAGAACAGAGACACAGAAUGAUAAAGCAGACAAUGAAAGAGUUCGGAGGUAUUGACCUUCUAGUAUCAAACGCCGCUGUCAACCCUAUAUUUGGUCCAAUAUUAAAUGCAACAGAAGAAGGCUGGGAUAAGAUAUUUGAAGUAAACGUCAAAUCAACGUUUUUCCUGAUAAAAGAAGUAGUACCUUACAUGGAAAAGAGAGGGGGCGGUUCUAUUGUCAUAGUUUCUUCUGUGUCAGGCUAUAUUCCUGUAGGAUCCACGCACACAGGGGCAUAUUCAACAAGCAAAACUGCCUUGAUAGGACUAACUAAGGUGUUAGCUGAACAAUUUGCAGCGAUGAAUAUUCGUGUUAAUUGCAUAGCACCUGGUCUAAUAAAAACCAAAUUCAGCGAAUUGCUGGUAAAAGCUGACGGCAAAAAGAUAUUGGACUCAAUUUAUUUAAAAAGAUUUGGGGAGCCGUUUGAAUGCGCUGGAAUUACGUCUUUCCUGCUUUCCAGUGACGCUUCGUUCAUUACAGGCGAAACGGUUGCCGUAUCUGGUGGCGUGGUGGCAAGACUAUAAUGACAAGACGACAAACCCAUAUAUAACUGUUAUGCAAACUAAUUACUAGAUUGGUUGAAUUUAUUCAGGUUAACAAUUCAAUAUAAGAGGAAUGGGUCGGUUUCUUUUAAAGUGGUGCAUAGUAAAACGUGAGGAUUUUGUUGUAUUAUUGGUUUGUUAAUUUCAUGUAUCAUUAAUAUUAAUAAAGCAGUCAAUGGCGACAAGAAAAGUGUAAGCACAAGCACAAGACAAAAGAAUAGGGACAUAUGUAGACAUUUACUAGAAACCCAAAGCAUAGAAAUACAAGCAUUAUAUAUAAAGGGACAGUUCAUGCACAUGGUGUGUGAUAGAGCUUAUUUAAUGCUACAAAUAUUGUAAAAUAACGAAGUGUGUUUGAAUCUGAUACUUAAGAAUUUUUAAAGUUUAUUCAACAGGCUUAAAGCAUACGAGGAUCUCCAUAAUCUUUUAGUCGUUUAGCAUAUAUAUACAACAGUGCAUGGACAUAAACCGAUGAAGUCAAACAUUGUCUAGAUAGGAGGAGGUAAUAAAGUAUUGUCAAAAUGAAAUGAAAUUAUGUACAUGAUAUGUGUACAAUAGAAAGUUAUUCACGCUGGUAAUUAGCUUGCUGGUGAAGGAUGGUGGUUGGCGCAUUUGACUAUUGUAUAGUAUAUUUAAAUUGUACAAAUUGUAAGAUGAUAUAUCAUGUACAAGUCUUGAAUAAAAUUUAUGUUCCGUUUAUUAGGCCGAUUUGAGGUUAUUUGUUUCGGUUUGUUUGUUUUAACAACGCACUCUAUAUUGUUGAGCUGGUUCUUUUUACUAUGCGUUCAUUUUAUAAUCGACCUGGGAAAUAACUCGGGAUCUGAUUCUUAGACGAGGCUGACAUAUAUUCUGAAUUAAGAACAAAUUAUUGAACUCCGCUAUCCGAAAUUUUUAUUUCCAUAUCAUGUAGUACAAAACAUGUUAUAUUAUUAUGAAGUAUGAAAUUCCUGAACAUGUUAAUACUUAACAAUACAGCACAAAUUGUAAUGUAAAAUCAGUAUUCUUAUCAAAUAUAUAAAGUUAAUAUUCUUUUCAAAUAUACGAAAUGAA